GAGGAGCAGGAGUAGGGGAUAUUAUGAGAGGAUUGUGGAGAUUUUUUCUCCCAAUUAUCCGGAAAGUUGGAAGUACAGUAUCUGCUGAGGCACUUAAUACAGGACAGCGCUUACUUGAAAGAGUUAACCAAGGUCAGCCGAUAAAGGAGGCAUUUGUGAAUGAAGGAAAAAGAGGAAUCGAUACAAUUUUAGAGAAAGGAGGACUGCCAAAACAAUUUGGGACAGGAAAAAAGAGUAUAAAAAGGACUAAAUUGCCCUCCCAUCAAACAUUUAUUGGUAAAAAGAAAAAACGUGUAGACGCUUUUGGAUUUUAUUAA